GCUUUCUGACCUUCUGUCAGUCGCUCUUCGGUCACCGGUUGGGUUAGAGACAUUCAGUGCUUGCGGAAAGAUGGUGGCUUAUUGGCGACAAGCUGGGCUCAGUUACAUCAGGUACUCACAGAUAUGUGCCAAGGCAGUCAGGGCGGCCCUCAAGCCUCAGUUUAAAGUAGAGGCAGAAAAAGCAGCGGCAGCUAGUGUAAGGAUCACAAAACCGAAGAAGGACUAGAUGCUGGCAGUUGCACUGGAAGCAGCUGAUACAAUGGUCUUGAGUAAUCCUCAGCAGCUUGUUCCUAUUCCUGGUCAUGAGAAAGUCUACGCCUGCAGGACAACGAAAACCUCUUGUGAUGUUGAAUUAUUAAGUUAACAAGGCAAAUGUUCUCUGUUUCUACAUUAAACUCCAUGUG